GAAGCUUGAGAGAUGGAUUUGAUCAACAAGAAGAAGAAGAAGAACUACAAUCUUGACAUGAGAGUUUGUUUUCCUUUCAGUACUAAUCUUUCAAUACUUCUAGUGAUCAUGAUUAGCUUCUUCAUUCCUAUCUCUGAAUGUGCCAAAGCUCCUGCCAUUUUCAUCUUUGGAGACUCUUUGAUUGAUAAUGGAAACAACAACCACUUACCCUCCAUUGCCAAGGCCAACUAUUUUCCUUAUGGCAUUGACUAUGGAAUGCCUACAGGAAGGUUCUCUAAUGGCCUUACAGUUAUGGACUAUGCUGCAAAGUGGUUAGGUUUUCCAUUUCCACCACCAUACCUGAGCUUGCAGUCAAAGACAAUGAAGAUCUUGAAGGGGGUGAAUUAUGCUUCCGCCGCUGCCGGCAUCCUUGAUGAGACAGGAAGACAUUAUGGAGGUAGAGUGGCCUUCAAUGGACAAAUAAAAUUGUUUGAGAAGACGGUAAAAUUGGAGUUGCCAAUGUUAAUUUCGGACAAUGAAGUUCUAUCAAAGUACUUGGCGAAUUCGAUAUUUCUCAUAAACAUUGGUAGCAAUGACUACAUCAAUAACUAUCUCCUCCCCAACAUGUACACUAGUAGCAAAAUUUACUCUCCGAAAGUCUUUGCUCGUCUCCUCAUCAACACUUUCACUGAUCAACUAACAAGAUUGUAUAGAGUGGGGGCAAGAAAGAUGGUGCUUGUGGGGAUUGGACCACUGGGUUGCAUUCCAAGCCAGCUCUCAAUGAACAACAGCACCACUGGACUCUGCAUUCAAAGAGUUAAUGACAUUGUCUCGGCAUUCAACCAACUUUUGUUGCCACUUUCAACAAGUCUCAACUCCACUUUGCCUGGCUCUUUUUUUGUCUACCAUAAUACUUAUGAUACCUUCUUUGAUAUGGUUAAUAACCCUUCUAAUUAUGGGUUUACAGUGACAAAUGAAGCAUGUUGUGGGAGUGGAAAGUAUGGUGGAACAAUGAGUUGCUUACCCUACCAACAACCAUGCAAUGCAAGGGAUAAGUUCAUAUUUUGGGACUCAUUCCAUCCAACACAAGCAGUCAAUGCCAUCAUAGCCCAAAGGUGUUACACUCCCUCUGCCACUCAAUGCUAUCCCAUCAGUGCUUACCAACUUAGUUUGCUUUAAUUUUAUCAUGUCCUACUAGUACAACUUAUUAAUUAAGACUAGUUAUUAGAUUGUCAGAUGACCAGUGUAAUGAAGUAAUGGUGAGCAUGUCAAUUUUAAUAUAUC